AUGACCCCAGGACUGAAGAACGCUGGUCAAACCUUUCAAAGAUUCAUACACGAAGUACUUCAUGGACUGUAUUUCGUUUUCGCAUUCAUUGAUGAUCUCCUUGUUGCAAGCCCUGAUAAAGAAACGCACGAAACCCAUCUACGAACCGUGCUACAACGAUUAGAAGACAAUGGAAUCUCAAUCAACCCUUCGAAAUGCAUAUGUGGACAAAAAGAAGUUCAAUUUCUUGGUUUCACCGUCAGCAAGGAAGGAAUCAAACCGCCUACUGAAAAAGUCAGAGUCAUCAUCGAUUAUGCGAAACCUAAUACAAUUGAAGAACUAACGCCAUUUCUUGGGAUGGUUAAUUUUUACAGAGAACACAUACCUAAAGCCGCUGAAAUCCAAGCACCACUUCAAGCUUACCUACACAACACGAAGAAAAAAGAUAAAAUGUUAAUCGGAUGGAACGAUGAAGCCACGAAGGCAUUUGAAGCUUGUAAAGCUGCGAUUCAAAAUGCAGCUUUGCUCGCUCACCCAUCACACGAAGCAACCCUUGCUAUCUUCAGCGACGCAUCCAAACUCUCAGUAGGAGCUGUACUCCAACAAUACAUUAAUGGGAAAUGGCAACAACUUGGCUAUUUUUCGAAGAAAUUCGACCAUUCGACCGAGAGCUACUCGCUAUCUACAUGGCUAUCAAGCACUUCAGAAAAACGUUCGAGGGUCGAAACCUGA